AUGAAUUUUCUGCGGAGGGCUUGCUCCACUGCUGCUAGACACUCCAAAACCCUCAAGAUGUCGCAGCCUCCUUGGUCCCAACCAUCAGGCACAACUCAUCAGCCGGAGUUGAAAGUCUACAACUCUCUCACGCGAUCCAAAGUACCCUUCAUCCCUCUCAAGACCGAGCAGAUCAGCUGGUAUGCUUGCGGCCCCACCGUUUACGAUGACUCUCACCUGGGUCAUGCUCGCAAUUAUGUUACCACCGACAUCAUUCGACGGCUCCUACGAGACUAUUUCCAUUUCAAAGUCAAGUUUGUCAUGAACAUUACAGAUGUGGACGACAAGAUCAUUUUGAGAGGCAGACAGAGACAUCUCUACGAGGAGUACAAGAAAGAACACAGAUACAUUGACGACAAAGUCCGACAAUUCGCGCGAGACGCAUGGGGCCACUACGUUGAAAAGAACCUGAAGCGCAUAGUACCAUCUACCUUGGCCACACCCGAAACCUUUGACGGUAUCGUCGAGCAUUUCUAUCGAGAUAUACUCGCGGGAGGAAGCCUGGAACCGGGAACCAAAGCAGGAGACAAAGAAGCAAAAGUCAAGAUGCACAUCAAUACUGCACGUUCUACAGCCAAAGCAUUACUCCUCGAUCCCAAAAUGCUCACUCCCCACGAAUUCUACAACCGCGUCAACGAUCCCAUGUGCCUGGAACUUGAUUCAAAGUUUGGAAAGGACAUACGCGGGGACCAGUAUGAUGUUUUUACGAAGCUGACGAAAGAAUACGAGAAUCGCUUUUUCCAAGACAUGCAUGAUUUGAAUGUCAUGAACCCGGACGACACUGUGCGAGUCACGGAACAUGGUCCAGAAAUUGCAGAUUAUGUCAAGAAGAUUUAUGACAACAAAAUGGCGUACCGAACGUCGGAUGGCUCCGUAUACUUCGACAUCAACGCCUUUGAGGCUGCUGGAUAUCCUUACGCGAGGCUGGAACCUUGGAACAGGGGUGACAAGGAGCUACAAGCGGAUGGAGAAGGUGCCCUAUCCCAAAAAGACGAAAGCGUCAAGCGGUCAGAAGCAGACUUUGCUCUUUGGAAGGCUUCGAGACCCGGUGAGCCCAGUUGGCCCAGCGAAUGGGGUCAAGGCCGGCCUGGCUGGCACAUCGAGUGCUCAGCAAUGGCUUCUGGGAAACUUGGACAGCAGAUGGACAUCCACUCUGGUGGGAUUGACCUGGCAUUUCCUCAUCACGACAACGAGCUUGCACAGAGUGAAGCCUUCUGGGCCGAUGGUAGUCAUCGCCAGUGGGUGAACUAUUUCCUGCACAUGGGUCACUUGUCGAUACAGGGCUCCAAGAUGUCCAAGUCGCUGAAGAACUUCACCACGAUCCGCGAAGCAAUCCACGUCAGAAAAGAGUGGACUUCCAGGAGUCUCCGAAUCGUUUUCCUGUUGGGCGGGUGGAGAGACGGCAUCGAGAUCUCAGACGACAUGGUAGUGGAAUGCCGAAGUUGGGAGGACCGCGUGGACAACUUCUUUCUCAACGCAAUCGAAAACAUUAAGGAUGCACAAGCCACAACUGAGCAGAAGCCUGUCCUGCAAGCCAUUCUUCAGGAUGCGGAAGCUAAAGUACGCGCCGCACUGCUGGACUCUUUCAACACGCCAGUUGCCAUGAACGUGAUAUCAUCAUUGAUCAACUCUUACAACAGCGCCAAAAAGUCCGACUUGACGGAGCUUGACCAUAGAAACUUAGGUCUUUUCGUCACCCGGAUGGUCAACACCUUUGGUCUCAACGGCAAUGAACCUGCAAAUACAGAGACGAUAGGCUGGAAAGGUAUCGACAUCUCCGACGAUGCAAAGAAGUAUGUAUAUCCUCUUGCGAAAAUAAGAGAUCAGCUUCGGCAAGCAGCCAUAGCCAAGUCCAUCACCGCGGAAGAGGUUCAAGCGAUUGUCUCGACGUCGCCAGGUGUUGAAGAGCCACCUCCUAGUGUGAGACCAGCCAAGCCUUCAGCCGCCCGUGCCUUGAACGAUUUCAGCCGAAAUGCUCUCGAAGCGGCAUCGGCAAGUGAAUCUGGUGAUCUGAACAAACAGAUACUCGCCCUUUGCGAUAGAGUCCGGGAUGUCGAUCUGUGGCAGCUAGACAUCUACCUGGAAGACCGAGAAAACCUCCCGGCUCUGGUACGACCGGUGACUGAAGGUCUGAAGGCUGCUCGGCGCGAACGGGAAGAGAAGGCACGGCAAAAAGAGGAGGCCAAGAAGAAGCGUGACCAGGAGGCGCGGGAGAAGUUGCAAAAGGGCAAACUCAAUCCGUCAGAGAUGUUCAAGCCUCCGCAUUCGGACGAGUAUUCUGCUUGGGAUCCAGAUGGUGUGCCGACGACAGCGAAAGAUGGAAGUGCUUUGACGGCGUCGCGAGUCAAGAAGCUGAAGAAGGAGUGGGACAAUCAGAGAAAAGCGCACGAGAAGUACCUUGCUGCCACGCAGAAAGGGUCUGCUGGUCAAUCGUGA